AGGACGUUGAAGGACAAGGACAACCCGGACAUAAAGGAUGAAUGGAUUUUGUUGACAUCAUAUCGGUGCAAGAGUUAAUACUAGAACUAUUAAUUCGUUCCAAUGAUAGUCAUAGCAGUUUCCUUUAUUAUUUUACUGCAUUAUUUUGUAGAAUGUUUUCAAAUAAACUCAACAUUAGUUACUACUUUAGGUAAUUUUGGAUGCGGAGAGAACAGAACUCGAUGUAGAUCUGAGAAAUGUAUUCCUAAUAGUUGGAUAUGCGAUGGAUAUAUUGAUUGCCCUGAUAAAUUAGAUGAAAUAAUCUGUCCUGUUAAACAUUAUAACAUGGUUCUUUCUGCCGAAAAGAAAGCAGCAGAAUGGAUUUUAAAACAAAGGAAACAGAAUGGAAAUUGGGGAGAAAAUACUCCAAAAGCAAUAAUAGCUCUUUUUCUAGCGAACAAAUUAAAUUUUUCUGUUGAAAAUUUAGAAAACGAAGUGAUUCUGAAGAGUCUAGAAGUCCAAAUACUUUCCAACCUGAUAAGAAAUGCCACAAAUUCAUACAACAAAAUGAUUCAGUAUAUUCACGGAAGGCUAGCAACAUGUAGAAAUCCAUAUAAUUUUAAUGGGUAUAAUUUAAUUAAAGCCCUGAAUGACAAGAUGUCUGAAGAUGUUUACAUUAAUCCGAGCGCAUAUUUGGCUCUUUGCAAUGCGGGUUACAAUAUAUCAGCAAAAAAUAUAGAAAAAUUGUUUGUAAUGAAUAUUACAUUAGACACUAUGUACAACGUCGAUGCUACAGCUCUUAAAAUCUUGGCCAUGAUUUGUAUUUACGAAAAAAGCAAAAAUGAACAUUUACAACAUUUCAUUAAUGCGAAUUUAAAUGCUAUAAAAUCGUUACAGAAUCCAGAUGGAAGUUUUGGAAAUGUGUAUACUACUGCUCUUGUUGUUCAGGCUCUGAUCGCAUCUAAUAAGUUUAAUGAUUUGAACUUUACAAAGACAGUGAUGUAUAUUUUAGAUCAGCAAUUACCAUCUGGGUCAUUUGGAGAUAUUUUAGCAACGUAUCUGAUUCUUCCAAUAUUAUCGCAUAAGACCCUACUUGAUUUAUCAAAAGUCAGUUGUUCCUACACUAAAGAUGAAAAACCAAGAAAUGUGACUAUUUAUUCAAAAAAUUAUAGAGGAAAAAAUCGGAUAAGUUAUUCAGUUUGGAUCGGAGAUGAAGGAAGCAUCACACAUUCUAUCCAUCUUCUUGUUCCAAAUAGCAUCACUCUAUACGAAAUCAUGCAAGUAGCACAAGAUUUGGAUAAAAGUUUUAAAUUCAAAUGGAAUUAUCUUAAUGGUAAGAGACACGUUUACUGUAUUAAUAGUAUUAUCAAUAAUCCAGAAAAUGAAAAGUAUUGGGUUCUAUAUAAAAGAAGAAAUAAUCAAAAACUGUUAACGAUUUCCGAAGAUAUUAACAGAGUAUACGCUACAGAAGGAGACGAUUUUAUAUUCUGGUAUCAAACUCUUUACUUAAAAUAAUUUUAUAAAAAUAUUUAAUUUGAAAAAAAAAAAAAAAAUGUAAAAUUUUUUCUA